AGCUGUCGACAGAACGUGGAUACCUGAGCAAGCUUGAUGGCUUAGAUGAAAGAAAGAAAAACACGAGAAAAGAGAUGAACCGUGGCCCGUCCUUUGUUUUCUUCUCCGCGAUCUCUCGCUCAUCUUUUAGCGUCUACGUCGGAGCGGGCGUACACAAGACGAGGAUGUAUUAUUCACGUUACUGUUGAAGGGGAAAAAGACAAUCGAACUAAAUGCUGUUUAUUAUACAAUAAUCAUCUGACACAGUUUGUACUGUGUGUAAAUUGCGUUUGCUUAUAUCAUGGACUAUCCUCAAGUUGAUUCGUCAGUACAUUAUUUGUAAACAUUCAGGAGGUUUGUACGGCUGUGACAGAACCUGAACGAUGGCAUCACAUUCAUCACCAUCCUCACCGUGUUCAUCUUGCAUCUGUGAUAGCUGGCACGUUGUCAUCAGCAUCCUGCUGCUACUCAGUGUUUUCAUUCUCCCAGUGAGAAGUAAUACUCCACCUCAACUCAAGAAUCCGGGUGUGUUAAUUUUACCAGAAGACACACCAGUUGGGUCGAUUAUUGGCAACUUCACUGCUGUGGACUAUGAUGGGCCAGCCCCUCUGACAUUCCGAGACACGGACACGGAUGAUAUUAAAGAUCGACUGGUCCGACUGAGCGAAACUCGCAAACUUGACCCUAAUACCUGGAUUGUUGACAUCAUACUGAACAGACCACUCGACAGGGACUUUGAGCCAAGUGAAAGAAAAUUAUAUUUUUUGAUAGAUGACAGCACCAGUGAAAUUCCAGCACGGAUAUCUUUGUUUAUCAAGGACGUCAAUGAUGAGAAGCCUCAGUUUAAAAAUUUACCAUAUAAGCCUGUCGUAAACGAGAGUGUUGCACCGGGGUCGGUGGUGUUUACUGGAGUCAGGGCGGAUGAUCCCGAUAACGGUCGAGGUGGAACCGUCACAUACUCCAUGGUGACUGAUGCCCAAGCAGCUGAUGAAGAAUACCGUACGACCUUUGACAUUGAGCCCCAGACAGGGGUGAUAACUGUGAAGAAAAGACUUGAUUAUGAGAAGCACAACUAUUACCAGUUCAAAAUCAGAGCUGUUGAUGGUGAGGGUCUGGAGGGUGUUCCUGCUGACUUGCUGAUAGAGGUGAUUGAUGUACAAGACACACCACCGUACUUCAUCAAUUUGCCGUACAGCGUGGAGGUGGAUGAGAACGUCACAGUUGGCACUGCAAUCCACCAGGUGGCCGGUCUGGAUGGUGAUCGAGGGAUUCCAAACAGUCUUGUUUACAGAUUCCUACCAGGACUUGAUGAACACUUCAAUAUAGAUCCGGACACUGGGUGGAUCACAGUCAAGUCUCCUCUGGACAGCGAUGAUCCACGUGUCAGGAACCGAGGGGGGGUGUACGCUAUGUAUGUGGAGGCUUCGGAAGUUGUCCCUGCUGGCCAGGUGAACAACGGUGCCACCUCUGCCACAACGCUGGUGACGAUCACAGUGAGAGACAUCAAUGAUAACACACCCACCUUCAGCAACAACAGCUACGAUGCCACCAUUCUGGAAAAUAUGCAAAACAAUGUGCCAAUCACUUUUAUGGGAGGAGUUAUGAGAGUCUCUGAUGCAGAUCAGGGCACAAAUAGCCACUUCACCCUGUCCAUUGAGCAGGGUGGUCGGCCCUUCCUGGAGUUCACAACCUUACCACAGGAGAUAUUCUCAGAAUCCACAGUGCUCAUACGAGUCAACAGUUCACAGGAGUUGGACUAUGAAGAAAGAAAAUAUAUCAUUUUUGAGGUGGUAGCGAGAGAAAUCGACACAGUGGAGCGACGUUCCAGCACGGCCACCGUGACUCUUCACAUUGAAGACAUGAAUGACAACGUGCCAGUCUUCACCAAUGACUCGUACCAUCUGACUGUGAGAGAGGACGCGCCAAUCAACUCCACUGUUAUUACUCUAGAGGCAAACGACAAAGAUUCAGGAAUAUUUGGAGAGGUGUCUUAUUCUAUUCGGGGAGGAAACAAACGAUUCCGUAUUGACAAUACGACCGGGACCAUCUACGUUGCUGCGGCACUGGAUCGUGAAGAGACCGAUGAUUACUACUUGACGGCGGAGGCGCGGGAUGGCGGCGGCCUGCGAACCCCCACCGAGGUGACGAUUGUUGUCCUCGACGUCAACGACAACGCUCCACAGUUCCGCAGGAAAGACUACGAGGCGACUGUCAGGGAAGGAGACAGUGAUUUCAUACGACCACUCAUUUUGGAGGCUACUGACGAUGACGAAGCAAAAACGGUGAACAGUGAUGUCCACUAUCGGAUUAGUCAAGUGACCAUCGGUCUGGAGAGCAACUUCUCGAUUAAUGAAGUCACUGGCCACAUCACUCUGACCGAACCACUGGAUUACGAGAAGCUUAAGCCGGUGAUCGGGGGCAAGGUCUUGUUAGAGGUCGAGGCAUUCGACAUGGGAGAUCCUCCGCUCUCAACGUCAGUGUUCGUUAGCGUAACUGUGGAGGAUAUAAAUGACAACACACCAGGCUUCAUUCAAAGUGUCUACUCCAAGCUGUUACAAGAAAAUGCAACACAAGGAAGUUCCAUUCUCAACGUUACAGCGUUCGACUUUGACGGAACAAGUCCGAACAAUGAUUUCAUAUACCGAAUAGAAAGUGGAGCCCUUGACAAGUUCCGGAUGGACUUUGCCACGGGGGUUAUUUAUGUGGAAACCAGUGCGCGACUAGACCGGGAAAGCAAGAAUGUUUACACAAUGAACAUCUCGGCCAUCGACAAGGGGACACCGCCACGUACGGGCCAUGCCGUUGUCGUGGUGCAGCUCAGUGAUGUUAAUGACGAGGUUCCCGUGUUCAGACUGGAGAGAAUGUCCACCACGAUACAGGAGAAUGCGGAAGUGUAUUCCUUGGUUUCCUCCCUGCUUGCCGAGGACCCUGAUUUGAAUGCUGACCUAGAGUACAGUGUGGACCUGGUUAAAGCCUAUGAUGACCGCAAUGAUGAGGUGGAUAUUCGACAGAAUAAUUUAAAGCAAUACUUUGGCAUUAUUCCUUCCAAUGGUUCCAUCUUCGUUGCAUCUGCCCUGGACAGAGAGAGAGCCGAGAGGUUUAUUUUGAAGAUCACCGCCCAAGAUGUCAAUGCUUGGUACCCUGACACACAGGCUGCUGAACAAACUGCUACAGCUACCCUGACAGUGACACUAGAAGACUUCAAUGACAAUGCCCCCAUCUUCAAGCCGAGCAACAUCUACCGCGCCAACAUUUCCGAGGGGCAGGAUCUCGACUCUGAGGCUCUGCGAGUUGAAACUUCCGACCCGGACAAAAACCAAGUUGUUACUUACCAGAUAGAGAGUGCCGAGACCAGCGCCUUCAGGAUUAACCCUAACACAGGCAUCAUCCGUGUAAAGAAGAAACUCGACCGCGAGGCUCAGACUGACCUUACCUUUAUCGUUAUCGCCACGGACAACGGCGUUCCGGUCAUGUCGUCAUCGGCAACAGUGUUUGUGCGACUCCUCGACAUCAACGACAACAACCCCAAGUUCCCCCCUCACCCCAGCCUCUACCAUGUGUCAGAGGAUGCACGCAUUGGCCACAUCGUUGCAACAAUCACUGGCACUGACGCCGAUGAGGGCGACUUUGGUUCUCUCUUCUACACCCUGAGUGGGGUGGAUAAUGAUGGGACGUUUUCCGUGAUAGAAAAUACGGGGGAGAUAACUGUGCAAAAGGCACUGGAUCGAGAACGCAAAAAGACAUACACCCUGGAUGUGGUUGCCUGGGACAACAAGAAGGACCCCAGCAACCGCAGGUCAAACCGAACGGCCAUUAGGAUCGACAUCGAUGACGUCAACGACAAUGCCCCGCAAUUCACCCAUAUCGGCUCCCAGAGCAUCCCGGAGUCGUCUCCCUUGGGCACCAGUGUUUACAAAGUGGUUGCCAAUGACGCUGACUUUGGAGAAAAUGCCACAGUGGAAUACUCGCUGGGCGAGGACACAAACGCGACUAACCCGAGAGGACAGCUCAUCUUCAGUAUCCAUAAAACCAGCGGAGUCAUCUACGUAAAGUCUGAUCUACACAACGCGGUGGGCAUCAGAUACGUCACAGUGUUCGCCACGGACAAAGGGAUUGAGCCGCUGUCUAACAGCACUAAGGUGUAUCUCAAAGUCCUCGAUGUCAAUGAUGAUGCUCCGCGGUUUGUGACGCCGGAUCCCAACAACCCAAUUGUGGUUAUUGAAGAGGAUCAACCUCCAGGCACACCUAUCAUUACGCUGGUCGCAAACGACGAUGAUUUUGGUCAGAAUGGAGAAGUGGUGUACACCCUGGUUGAGACGGAGUCGCGACUCGACUGGAAGAAAUUCGCUCUCAACAGACUGACAGGUCUACUGACCAAUCGCGUGAUUCUCGACCGGGAGUCACAAGAAUACCACGAGCUGAUUGUUCGUGCGACCGACCGCGGAGUGCCACGUAACUACUCCACGGAUCUCACACUGACGGUCCGAGUUCUCGACGUCAACGAUCAGCCUCCGCGGUUCGACAGAUCGAAAUACCCGACACCAUACCCGGUUAAAGUUGUUGAGGAGAGUAGCUCGGCCUGUGCUGGCAACGUCGGCAUUGCUGUCGAUGAUGACAUAAACCUCAACUACACCAUCAUCUGUUAUUAUCUCUGGGCUGUAGAACUAGAAAACACUUUUACCCUGGACAAAUCGGGUGCACUUUGUUUGAGGAGAAAAUUAAACCGAGAAGAACAACCCUACACUUACGUGGUAAUCCGAGCCUCGCCAGACUGCUACGAGGACGUCACCCCAAAGAUUUUCACUCACUCACCCUUCCUCCUAGCACCCCCCAUCAAAAUAUAUGACCAUUCCAACCAUACGUUACUGUGGGUUAAUGUAACUAUUGAUGAUAUCAAUGAUAACGCACCACAGUUUCAUCGCAAGGACCUUGCCCUUGGAGUUACGAGGAACACUCAGUUUGGAAGAAUUAUUUUGGAACUGAAGACGGAGGCGUCGGAUGACGACACUGCGAAGUGGGGUAUUGACAGUUUCAACACGACCGGACCGCUCGAGGUCCGCCCAGACAGCCUCCAGGAACAGCUGGCCGAGAUGGGCAUCAAACAGCCGUUCCUCUUCUUCCCCAACGGGUCGGUGAAAACCAACACCUACUUCAAGCCUAACAUGUAUGGCUUCUUCCGAGUGCCCAUCAUGGUGCGCGACAAGGGAGGUCUCACCGACACCGCCACUUUGAGGAUUUCCUUGAUAAACGAUGACCAGCGACUAAGGGUGGUGUUCAGGAGACGUAUAGAGGCGGUGUACAUCAAACAAGAAGGGGAGGAAGGAGCUGUCAAAGACAUAUUUCCAAUACGUCUUAUGAAUGUUACUGGCUAUCGUAUUGUGGUGGACAAAAUACAGACACACCAGAAUGAUCAAGGCAAACCAGAAUUUGAAAAAACUGACAUGUUGAUACAUGGAGAAGACCCCAAAACAGAUGAAGUGGUCCCAGCAGAGGAGUUAUUAAAAUCAAUAGAUUUUAAUGCUGAGUUUAUGAUUGGUAUUCUUAAUGACUACAACAUAGAGAGAAUAGUGCCGACUAGUUCUGGAGGAGAAGACAACACUGUUGAGAAGGAACUCAAGAUGGCCGUCAUUCUGAUAUCGGUCAUCCUCGGAAUGAUCAUCGUGGUUCUCAUAGCCACGUUCUACACCAGCCGCAAGAAGUACAUGAGAAAGCUAAAAGCAGCAACAGCCAUGGCAUAUGCCCAAAAAGGAGAUGGCUCUCAGGAAUCUGACCUGUACAAGCUGGAAAUGCCAGGCACAAACAUCCACUCCUAUGAAAACGCUGGUAGAUUAGAAAUAAUGCAAGAGAACCACACAGGUGCCAAUCCCAUCUACCUGGAGAAGAUUAUGCUGGAUCAUGCAGAUGAUGAUGGGAACCCUACUACACACACAGCUUAAGGAUCAACUUCUUUGGAUGAAAAUGCGAUUCAACAUAACCGUCCAUACGACGAACAAGAAGUGUCUAUGAAUAUUUUCCCCGAAGACAAAGAAAACGCACAAUCACAGAGAAUGAAAGACCUCUACCUUAAAGCAGCCUUGAAUGAACAUGAGACUUCUAGAAACCUGAAAAACCAUGAUAUGUCCAAAAAGUUUCAAAACGGGAAUGGAAAGUUAAAGAUCACAAACGGACAUGCACAUGGGCAUGAUGGGGAAGCCAUUACAACAAGGAAUGUAGAUGGUUUACAGACUACAGAGAUUUAAUGCCAAUGUUUUAAUUAGGAAUUUCAAAAUAACACAAAAUGGAGAAAUAAUUAAGAUUAAUUGUUGUGUUACCAAGUUGGUAAUUUCGUUACACAUAUCUACCUGAGCCAUUGUGAAAAAUGUGUCUUCAAGUGUGAUAAAAUGAUAGAUGAUUGGGUAUGGAAGAUGGUUUUUUUCAGGGAUGAAAAUCGUCCAAGGUUUGUUUCUGGAAUUCUUGAUUUUAUAGUGUCACUUGAAAACUGUUCCUCAUUUUGUUCUUUGGUGAUACGUUCACAACAACAUCUCCUUUUGAAGGCCCUUCGCAGUUUUCCAGAUCUUUCGUCUCUGGUCAUUUUCAUCUGUGUUUGUGACCAACACAAAAUGUCAUUGAUUGACUUACUAAUUGUUGUUUCUGAUAAAACAAACGAUGUUGUUGCACCUCCUCUCAUAAGACUAGCUGAUGAAUUAUGUGAAAGUGUUGAAUAACAUUGACUUCAGAAACAGUAAACUGAGGACCUUUUUUUAGAAGGACAUGCAGUUAACGGUGUCCUUGGAGCUAAAACUUACAAUUGUGUUCAAUAUUUGAGUUCCAAGUAAACCACUGUAGCAUGUUCAGAUAUUGUUAUUGUACACUGUUUUGUUUUAUCACAGGAAACAACAUCUAAGGAAUAUGGAAGGCUUCUGAAUAUAUGAAAUUCUUAAAUAGUGAGUGUACCUACUGCAGUGGAAAUUGGAUUUUCCCCCAGGUAUAUGCGAGAACAUAAAAAAAACACGCAAGCAGUAGCUGGAAUGGCAAAUAUCGGUAUGGAAUUGCUUAAUUUGUAGUUCUUAUUCUGAUUCCAUGUGGAUAUAUAAACUUCAUAUAUCCAUAAAAGGAUGAAAUUGGUUUCUUGUGGAAUCAACACUUGUGUCUGACCUCAUGCAAAAAGGGAAGCAUUAGUGUGUUAAAAGACUAGUAUGUGACUUCUAAGCUGCAGCCUAUCAUAGUAGCAGUUUAUAUUGGUGCUCUGUGUAUGUGUGUGUGUGUGUGUGUAAUCUGUCUCUCUACAUACAUAAAAAUUCAAUCUACAAGGAGCAUCAUAAGAAUUGUUAUGAUGGUCCUUGUUGAUGGAAUUUUCCUGUCGAUCUGCCUUUAGGAACAGAUGGCCAUGAACACGAGUCAACAUGUGCAUUUUAAGUGCAGAUCCAAAUGGGUUUCAA